GCUUCCCUCCCUGCGUCCCUCGGCCGAGGUGGCGCCGCUUCCCUCCGGCCGCGCGGGGCGUUUGAAGGCGCGGCCCUGCCGCCAUGCCGAACUUCUGCGCCGCCCCCAACUGCACCCGCAAGAGCACCCAGAGCGACCUGGCCUUCUUCCGCUUCCCCAGAGACCCCGCCCGAUGCCAGCGGUGGGUCGAGAACUGCCGAAGGGCCGAUCUGGAAGAUAAGACUCCCGACCAACUGAACAAGCAUUACCGGCUGUGCGCGAAGCACUUCGAAGCUUCAAUGAUAUGCAGAAGCAGUCCCUACAGGACGGUCUUACGAGACAACGCCGUGCCCACCAUCUUCGACCUGACGAGCCAUCUAAACAACCCGCACAGCAGGCACAGAAAGAGAAUCAAAGAGCUGAGUGAAGAGGAAAUAAGAACGUUAAAGCAGCACAAGAUUGAUGAAGUUUACGAGCAAGAAAAGAGCAACCUGGAGUCUGUAGAAAACGAGCUUCAGAAUCCGGCUUCUGAGGAAGGAGGAGACGAGCCCGCGAAAGACGACGUUCCUUUGACGCAAGAAGAGCGGGAAAACAAAGAUUAUCUAAAAUCUUUGUUUGAAAUUCUGAUCCUGAUGGGGAGACAGAAUAUCCCUCUGGAUGGCCAUGGCACUGACGAACUCCCAGAAGGCAUUUUUACUCCAGACAACUUCCAGGCUCUCUUGGAAUUCAGAAUCAAUUCGGGUGACGAGGUUCUGAGGAAGCGGUUCGAGACUACGGCAGUGAACCUGGCUUAUUGCUCGCAAGCCCAGCAGAAGCAAAUGCUAGAUAUCUGCGAGAGCUGCAUCCGAGAGGAGACACUCAGGGAGAUCAGAGACUCUAAUUUCUUCUCCAUCAUCACCGAGGAAGUUGUGGACCUGGCCGGAGAAGUCCACUUGCCCGUGCUGGUGAGAUUUGUCGACGAUUCUCACAACCUGAGGGAAGAGUUCAUCGGGUUUUUGCCGUACGAGGCGGAUCCUGAGGUGCUGGCUGUCAGAUUCCAUACCACCAUCAUUGAAAAGUGGGGCUUGAACAUGGAGUAUUGUCGAGGCCAGGCCUAUAUAGUCUCAAGCGGGUUCGCUUCAAAGAUGAAGACUGUAGCCAUGAGAAUCUUGGAAAAAUACCCUCAGGCCGUGUAUACGCUUUCCUCGUCCUGUGCCUUGAAUAUAUGGCUCGCCAAGUCCGUUCCGGUUUUGGGCAUUUCCAUCGCACUGGGGACGAUAGAAGAAGUUUGUUCGUUCUUUCACCAAUCGCAGGUGUUAGCCGAUUUGGACAGCGUCAUCUCCCUUCUGUUCCAGAAUAGCGAGGAAAGGGGGAAGGAGCUGAAGGACCUCGUCCGUUCCAGUUGGACAGGCCGGCAUGACACCUUUGAGAUUAUGGUUGACCUCAUGCAGGCCCUGGUGUUAUGCUUAGAUGGCAUCAACGAGGCCUCCAGCCGGUGGAACUCUUUAGUCGCCGGCCGAGCGUACAUCCUCUCUAGCGCGCUGGCUGACUUUGAUUUCGUGGUCACCAUCGUGAUCGUCAAGAACAUCCUUUCAUUCACGAGAGCCUUCGGCAAGAACCUCCAGGGCCAGACGUCGGAUGUCUUCUUUGCCGCCAGCAGCUUAACCGCUGUGCUGCACUCCCUGAAUGAAGUGAUGGAGAAUAUCGAGGUUUACCAUGAAUUCUGGUUCGAGGAAGCGAUGAACUUGGCCACCAAGCUGGACUUGCCCGUAAAGCUCCCCGGGAAAUUUUGCAGAGCACAGCAAGGGACCUUGGACUCAGAGGUCACACCGGAGAACUACUACAAAGAAGUUCUCAGUAUUCCGACUGUGGAGCACAUAAUCCAGGAACUGAAAGACAUCUUUUCCGAGCAGCAUUUGAGGGCCCUGAAAUGCCUCUCCCUGGUGCCCUCGGUCAUGGGGCAGCUGAAAUUCAACACCUCCGAGGAGCAUCACGCAGACAUGUACAAAAACGACCUCCCGAAUCCGGAUACGCUGUCGGCGGAGCUCCACUGCUGGCGAAUCAAAUGGAAACACCGAGGGAAGGAUAUCGAUCUCCCGACGACAAUCUACGAGGCGCUCCACCUGCCCGAUAUCAAGUUUUUCCCCAACGUGUACGCAUUGCUCAAAGUCCUGUGCAUCCUGCCGGUGAUGAAGGUGGAGAACGAGAAAUUCGAAGUCGGCCGCCGGCGUUUGAAGGCCUACUUGAGGAACACUUUGACGGAGCAGAGGUCAGGUAACUUGGCCUUGCUCAACAUAAACUUCGAUAUCAAACAUGACUUGGACUUGAUGGUAGACACUUACAUCAAACUGUACCCCGAAAAAGGAGAAUUCCAGGAGGAAUUUCUCUCCUCCAACAGUUCGGACAUCAAAGAAGAGACUUAACAGAAGGCGGGGGGAGAAGGGGACCUCUCCAGAAAACAAACCCCCUUUCCUUGUUGCAGAUGCUUCGUUUCACCCUUUACAAACAAAAAAAAAACCCCUGGGGCUUAAAACUGAGAAAGGAACGAUUAAUUAUCUGAAGCGUGCGUCUGCUUCAGGCGCGUGUCGUCUUCGAAUGAGUUGUAAACGAAGCCGACCUUGUUGAGAUUCUGUUGCUUGUGGAUCUGUUUUGUAAAGGAUAUAUAUAUAUAUAUACAUAUAUAUAUAUUAUAAAAAAGUCGGAAGUCAACUUU